AUGGCUACCAGAAAAUGCGCUGCUGUUGUUGUGGGCGCUGGCCCGGCUGGUGUGGCUGUCAUGGGCAAUUUGCUGGAGCGCAAGCUGGGCACAAUCGCUUGGAUUGACCCCAGCUUUGAGUCCGGCCGCGUCAACCGCAAGUAUCGCGAGGUUCCUAGCAACACCAAGGUGUCCCUCUUCCAGGCCUACGCUACAGCCACGCAACCAUUCAGAACCGUGAUCGAGAACACACGCCAACCCAAUGCUUUCACCACCAUGGCAAAGCUGGAUCAGGAGAAAACCUGCCACCUCCACUAUGCAGCCGACAUGGUCCGCGGCCUUACAGACGGUCUCAUGAAGAUGGAGGACGUUUACGCCUGCCGCGGCUUCGUCACAGCAGCCAACCUAGGCGACAGAACUUUAAAUACAUCAAAGUGGAUCGUCCGUGUCAAACGCGAUGACUCCGCGGAGGAGCUCGAGAUCGAGACUUCCCGGUUGAUCCUCUGCACAGGCUCCCACCCAACCAACAUCCCGGUCCCAAUCCCGGGUCUGGACAUCGAGUCCCUAGAUCUGGACACUGUCCUCAAACCCUCCGAACUCACCCGGAUCCUACCCACAUCAACACCUGCUUCCGUCGCUGUCGUGGGCGCUUCUCACAGCGCUAUUCUCGCCCUCCUCAACCUCGUCCAGCUAGCUAGCUCUUCACACCCGCAUCUACGUGUUAAGUGGUUCACCCGUCACCCGCUCCGCUAUGCAGAGUACAAGGAUGGCUGGAUCUUGCGCGACAACACUGGAUUGAAGGGCUUAGCUGCGGACUUUGCCCGCGCCCAGCUUGAAGAUGAUAAGCUUCCUACCUCGUCGGCUGGUGAGGUCAUUACUAAGAUCGAUUGUGCCGGCGGCGAGGCCCGGGAGUCUGCGCAGUACCGUGCUCAUCUACCUGACUGCGAGUAUAUUGUUCAUGCUGUCGGUUUCACUCGAGAUCCAUUGCCGCAGCUUGCUAAGGAUGGGAGUCUCCUUGCUAUGGAGUUUGAUCAUGAAACAGGUCAUUUCCAUGAGCGUGGGAAUGGUGCUGUUAUCCCUGGGCUGUUUGGUGCUGGCAUUGCUUUCCCACAGCGGGUUGUAGAUCCCUACGGAAAUGUGGAGUAUGCGGUUGGUUUCUUCAAGUUUAUGAAGUUCUUGAAGAAGGUCGUUCCUUCGUGGGGAUCAGCUUAG